AUGGUUCACGCCCAUGCCCCCCAUUUUCUGUGGCCCUACGCGGUUCGGUACACUGCUCACCAGCUAAACCUCUGGCCACGUGUCUCUCGGCCAGAGGUUUCACCGGAAAGUCUUUGGAUCGGGUCCCUUGGUGCUUCGUCGCGCUUUCGUGUCUGGGUUUGCUUGGCACUUGUUCGUGACACCUCCGCGGGCAAGAUCUCGCCUCGCGCCGUUCUUUGUGUCUUCCUUGGUUUCCCAAAGGACUCCUCAGACUUCACCUUUUACCACCCUCCCCUUCAUCAGUUUUUUUACUCCUGUGACGUCCGUUUCGACGAGUCUAUCCCCUACUACGUCAGGUACCCCUGUCGAGGUCUCCCGGUUCCUCCUCCCCCUCUCUUCCUGACUUCCGCUCCCCCUCCUGCUCCCCAAGUACAGCCUCCCCCCCCUAGUCCAGCCCCCUCAGAUGUGUCCCACGCUACCCCUACCCCUUCGGUAGCCCCUCAGGUACACCCUCCUUCCCCGCAGUCCUCCUCACAGCCUACUGCAGACCCUGCGGGAGCCGCUGAUCGUGGCGAGGACCCUGGAGGUGCUAGCUCUAGAGGAGUUGGAGUUGGAGCUGAGAGCGUACCUGUGCGAGGUCCUGGUUCUGGGGGUGCUGGAGUUGGAGCUGAGCCCGCCAGUCUUCGCCGUGCACGUGAGGAGCAGCUGGAGUUGGAGAGAGAGAGCCUAGAGUUGGAGCGGCAGCAGCUGGAGCUACGGCAGCUGGAGGAGCAGCAGCAGCAGCAGCAGCCGCAGCCGGAGGAGCAGCAGCAGCAGCCGCAGCCGGAGGAGCAGCAGCAGCAGCAGCAGCAGCAGCAGCCGCAGCCGGAGGAGCAGCCGCAGCAGCAGCAGCAGCAGCAGCAGCAGCAGCAGCAGCAGCACUAG